AUGGAAGAAACGGCACCGGUACACGCUCAUGCUAGCGAUAUGGAGUGGCUAGAUCGAUUAAAACGGCGAUUAAGCAAUAAUGCAUGUAAUUCAACAUUAUCACAACCUCAUCAUGACGAUUUGAAACGAGCCAGUGUCUUGGUUCUGCUAGAUUCCAAGGGAAACGUUCUACUGAAUCAGCGAAGUUUGUAUCUUAAAUCUCAUCCGGGCGAGAUAUGCUUUCCUGGAGGUAAGCAAGAUCCGGAAGAUGGCGGAGAUGAUGUCGUGACAGCACUGCGAGAAUGCCAUGAAGAAGUCGGAUUGCAAUUUCAGAAUCCCAGCAAGAAGGAUGAGGAAGAUGAAAAACUACCCAAAGUGGAAAUAAUCGGAGCCAUGCCCACGAUUGAAAGCUUGCACCACCUUUGCGUCACUCCAAUCGUGGCCUUGGUCCCAGAUCAUCACCAUUCCGAAUUACCCCUGACAUUAAAUGAAAAGGAAGUGGCAGCUGCCUUUUGGGCUCCUCUUGACUUUUAUGUUAAAAAUACUCCCAUCGAACUUUAUCCGCUUGAGUGGUCGGGAGAAACCUUUUGGUAUCGCAACUACUCCUACAGCAUUACGGAACCAAACGAUUCAUCUCGAGGUGCUGGAAACAGCAGCAAUCGCAACAAGAGAAGGCGAAGAACACGGGCGCACGCAGUAAACGUCACAGGACUGACAGCUCAUAUUGCCUACGAGGUUGCAAAGAUUGCUCAUCCAAACCACUCUGAUAGUAGCUUUGUCUUGCUUCGGCAAUUCCAACGAGGCAAAUCAAAGUAUUGGACUCCCAAAUGCUUUGUCUUUGCAACGUCCAUGUUGCAUCAGCACGAUCAUGAUUCCCAGCGAAAUCGAAAACAAAAUGCCGCCAAUAAAAAGAAUCGACUGAUGCUAGAUGCUACCUGUCAAAUGGUAGACUAUACGGAAGAUCCAGAAUAUGCGUUUGCCUUUCAGUUGAUUGUUUUGGAUGGAAAGAUUACGUGGACGCUUGCAGCAACAACACAGGAGGAAAAGGACGCCUUUCAAAAUGCUCUUUUCCAGUUCUUGAAAUCAUCAGGGAAGAGGAAUGAUAUUCAAGAAUAA